GACCCGCGAGCUGCCGCUGCUGCUGCUGCUUCUUCUUCUUCUUCAUCUUCAUCUUCUUCCGUCCGUCGUCGGCGUCGCCAUCGUCGUCCGGUGCAGAGCCGACCGCUCCCGCCAUCCCUAGCCGGCGAGCGAUUGGACCCCGCUUUACUCCGAUUCGAAUCCAGUCUCUCCCGCGAAAACCCUAGCCAAAGAUGCCGCCUUUUCCGGUCGACCCUCGUCCCUCGCAAUGAAGAGAGCCUGGAGGUUCUCCGUCCCGGCCCACGCCGAGCUGUCAUGCCUCCGGCGAUCCCCUCGCGACCCCGCGGCCCCGAGGCCCCACCUCUUCGCCCGCGCCCGCGGGUUCCCCCGCGAAAUCUGCGGCGCGACCGCCCCGAGCUCGGCCGGGAUGAGGGAGAUUAUGGGGCUCUUCAUCGACAAGUUCUCGCGGGCGGAGAACGGGGCGGUGCUCGGCGAAGGCGUCCGCGCGAGGGUCUUGGAGCUGAGGGACGAGCUGGUGCAGCUCGGCGGGCGGGACGAGAUCGUUAGGGCUUUGGACGAGAAAGCCGACCCUUUGCUUCUCUCCGUCGAUGGGUUGGCCUUCGUUGAGCUCUUGAAGCAGCUCGACGCUUGGCCUCAUCAAGCUCUAGAGGUCUUUUUUUGGAAGAGGAAGCUUCAGGAGCGCGGUAUUCCGAUGACAUCGGAGGAGUAUGUCAAAGGCAUUACGGUUGCUGGUAGGAUUAAGGAUGUUGAUCUAGCUUUGGAACUGUUUGUGGAAGCUACGACCAAGAGAUUGAAGGCAACCUCUACCUAUAAUGCGUUGAUGGGUGCUUAUAUGUACAAUGGCUUGGCGGGAAAGUGCCAGAAGCUUUUCCAGAAGUUGAAAGGAGAUGCAGACUGUAGCCCUUCAAUAGUUACAUAUAAUAUUCUCAUCUCUGUUUUCGGGCGCUUAAUGCUGGUAGAUCACAUGGAGGCGGCUUUUCGGGAGGUAGAGUGUUUAAAUCUUGCCCCCAAUGUUGUCACAUAUAACAAUCUAAUUGCUGGGUAUUUGACUGCUUGGAUGUGGGACAAUAUGGAAAGAACUUUUCAGACUAUGAAGGCAAGCCCUGUUAAGCCUAAUACGAGUACAUACUUGCUGAUGCUUCGCGGUUAUGCACACUCGGGUAAUUUGGAAAAGAUGGAAGAGACAUAUGAGUUGGUAAAAGACCAUGUCAAUGAGAACGAUGUCGCUUUGAUAAGAGCCAUGAUAUGUGCAUAUUGUAGGAGCUCUAUCAUGGACAGAGUUAGGAAAAUUGAGAUGCUACUAGGGCUUAUUCCAGAAAAUGGGUAUAGACCUUGGUUAAAUGUGUUGCUGAUCAAGGUUUAUGCACAGGAGGAUUGGUUAGACAAGAUGGAAAACUCAAUCAAUGAGGCCUUUGAGCAGAAAACCUCUGUAAAUGCAGCAGGUGUGAUGCGGGCUAUAGUGGGCAGUUAUUUCCGAUGUAAUGCGUUAGAUAAGCUUGUGAGCUUCGUGAAGCGCGCAGAAUGUGCUGGGUGGAGAAUCUGCCGAUCUCUUUAUCACUGUAAAAUGCUAAUGUAUGGAUCACAGCAGCGUUUGGCGGAAAUGGAGAGUGUACUCGAGGAGAUGGAAAGUUUUAAUUUCGACCGAACAAAGAAAACAUUCGUCAUCAUGUACCAUGCCUACAUAUCCAGUGGUAAAAAAAAUAAGGCAGAGCAAAUAAAGGGACUGAUGUGCAAGCAUGGUUAUGGGGUACCUCAUAAUGCUGUCUCUUCAUAGUAAAACCCCUCUUUCCAUCUUCUUGUGCUGGGAGGUUACAUGUGAAUGUUGAAGUGAUUAUUAUCAAUAAUUGCUUGCACGAGGCCAUUCGACUGAUCAUUCUGAAUGAGGAAUUGCCGUUGUUCAUACAUGUCCCUGGCUAAGGAAGUGCUAUUUACUUGUGGAAGAUGAACGUGAUUAGGAAUGCAAAUGUGCCAUUUGCAUAAUUCCAUCCAACCCGGUAUUUCAAUUAAUAUUCUUUCUCACCAAUUUCAUGAUUCAUUCUGUCUGGAGUGUGUUGAGCUUCGUAUUUUCGACUCUGGCUACUGCUUUUGGAGCUCUGAGCUUACUGGCAGCGCUUGGGAAUGGAUGCAUGUCGAUAAGCUCCGCGACUUAGGGCGCGGUAUAUUGGAUCAGUGCACUUCAUUUAUCUUGAGCUCUUCGGUGAAUGUUUCAUCUGCUGCAAAGGUGGCCAGAUCAAAUAAGUAGCUCACAACGGAUUCAACUUAAUUCUUAUCUGCUGAUUUUGGAUAUUACCCAAGGGUUGGGCCAACCCCAGACAUAAGAGAUUCAAUUUUGACAGUCAUUGUACCAUUUGUGUUUUAAGAUCUCUUGUACAAUAUGGGAUAUGAAUUUUCCGAAAUGACCUUGGGGAUGAAUUGGGGUACUCUUAUCGGUGUUGUGACUGAAAGCAGUGGUACACAGGAUUUCUUGCUA